AUGGAGAACUACGAACUGGAAACCAUGCUACGCAUAAACAACCUUGUGGUGCUCCAAAAGCUGGGCUCCGGCUCCUUUGGGGACAUCUACGAGGCCAAGCACCUGGGGUCGGGUUUCCACGUAGCCCUCAAGGUGGAGCGCAGAGAUGUCGGCCCUUCGCACUUGCCCAACGAGUACGCGGUGUACCAUCUACUCAGGCAUGGAACGGGAAUCCCGAAGACCUACCAGUUGCUCUCGAAUAAGCGGCACAACGUGCUGGUGAUGGAGUUGCUGGGCCUCUCGUUGGAGAAACUGUUCGUGUUGUGCGAUCGCCGCUUCUCCAUGAAGACGGUGCUCAUGCUGGGGGAGCAGAUGGUGGCGCGGAUGGAGUACCUGCACAACCGACGCUACCUGCACCGCGACGUCAAGCCGGACAACUUCCUGAUGGGCUACGGCAACAGCAGCCACCUUCUCCAUCUCAUCGACUUCGGCCUGGCCAAGAGGUACUGGGACACGACGGAGAACAAGCACGUGCGCCAAAAGCAUGGCACCCGGCUGACCGGCACCGCUCGCUACGCCUCCAUCAAUGCCCUGUGCGGGGGCGAGCAGUCCCGGCGGGACGACAUGGAGUCUGUGGGCUACGUCCUCAUGUAUCUGCUACGAGGCAGACUGCCCUGGCAAGACCUCGUGGCCAAAAGCAGGGAGCAGAAGCACGAAAUGAUCACCGAGAUGAAGCUGUCCACGUCGCUGAUGAGCCUUUGUGCAGGCUAUCCAAGCGAGUUCUACAACUGCCUUGAAUACACCCGGAAACUGAGCUUCGAGGAGGAACCGAAAUACCGGACGAUCAGGUGCUCCUUCUUGGCCUUGCUGUGCCGCCUGAACUACAGCAAUGACCAGAUUUACGACUGGGACCUAGUCGCAAAGAGAAACGCGAAGGAAGAUGGUGGAGUGGAGGACGAGGACGAAUUUUGA